CAAGGUUAUCAGCGGGAAAAGCCCAGAUCCACGACGUUAGGAGCGUGAUUGAUAUCGGGGCGGAAAACUCAGGAGUUUCCCGCGGCAAACCUUCUAUGUGGUAUCGGGAAGACAUCCACUUGUAUAUCAGUGAUAUUAUGGUGUUCAAUACGGUGUAUAAUAAUAUAAUGGAAGGGUGUGUUUUUUGUUGUGCUUAGAUAUCUUCCAUUUCCUGUUUGAUUCCCCCUUUGCUACCAGAUAUUCUUCCACCCAAGUUGUUCACCUUGCAUACUAUUUUGAUCCUCUACUGCGUGCCAACUAUAUACAAUCUCCUAUCUCUCCUAUCUUUCUAUUCUCCGCCAACAACUAGCCCAGAACCAUAGGCAAACUAACCUACCAUCAUGGGUAGUGUCGCCUUGCAGGAAGUACAGCCAUCCUUCAAAACACCAUGGGUACAGACGCCCCUCGUGGAGUCUGCCUCUCUUUCCCGCGCUGCAGGAUGUAGGGUGUUUCUAAAGCUGGAGAAUGUCCAGCCCAGUGGUUCAUUCAAGUCCCGUGCAAUGGGCAACCAGAUCCUGUCACACCUCAUCAAGCCUGAAAACGCCAACCGCCCAGUCCAUUUCUAUGCCUCCUCUGGCGGGAACGCAGGCCUAGCUGCUGUCUGCGCAGCCCGCAGUCUAGGAUACCCCUGCACAGUGGUCGUACCAGUAUCGACGAAGCCCUUGAUGGUACAGAAGCUCCGUACCGCAGGCGCAGCGGAUGUCAUCCAGCAUGGAGAGACGUUCUCCGAGGCCGGCGAGUACAUGCGAGAAGUGAUCAUGAAGAACAAGGACGAUAACGAGUGCGAUAACGUUGCGAAGAUUGCCCUACACCCGUUCGAUAAUGAACCUAUCUGGGAAGGAAAUAGUACCAUCGUGGACGAGCUCGCUGCCCAACUGCCUCCCCCUGCUGGUGAAGAAGAAGAAGCCACACACCGUGGCCGGCCAUUACCCGUGGACGCUAUCAUCUGCAGCGUUGGAGGCGGCGGCCUUCUCAACGGCUUGGUCAUGGGCAUUGAAAGACACCGUCAGCUUCAGAAGAUGAGCAUUAAUUAUGCCUCCACCCCUGUAUCCCACUCUCCGUCAAACCCUAUCAACCUCCUCGCCAUCGAAACACUAGGCACCGAUUCCCUUGCUACGGCCGUCGCUAAAAAGUCCCUCGUCUCCCUCUCCAAGAUCACAUCCCAGGCUACAUCCCUGGGUGCUAUCCGUGUUUCAGAAAGAACGUUCCAAUAUGCCACCGCCCCCCCGCAGGGUAUUGCCGUGCACACUGCUGUCCUCUCAGAUGCUGAUGCAGCAAGGGGUGUACUGCGUCUUGCGGACGAUGAACGGUUGCUUGUUGAGCUUGCAUGUGGUGUUUGUGUCGAGGCUGCGAUUGGUGAUGCGGCGAAAGCCCGGUCAUCAUCAUCAGAUUCCGUAACAUCUGGAACUAAGAAGCGGAAGAGAGAUGUUGCAGAUUAUCCUGCCCACAGAGAUGAGGGCUACGGUGAUGACCGGUCCUCGGCGACCGAGAACGAAACCGAGUCGGAAGAAGGCAGUGACUUCUCAUCCAAGCUCAAGCAGCUUGUUCCAAAUCUGAACUCGGAUAGUCGUGUGGUUAUUGUCGUGUGUGGUGGAAGUAAUAUUACGAUUGAUAUGGCGGCGGAGUGGAGGAAGCUGCUUGAUGAGGGUUGGGGCAACUAGUAAUUGGUUCUUUAUUUAUAAAUGAUUCUGGCGGACUCUUGCAUUUUCCUUGUCUUUUCGGUUAUGUUUUAUGUCACCUGUCAUGAUUGGCGUUUAGAUCUACCAAAAUUUAAUGAUGAAAUA